GAGGGGGUAAAAGGGAGUGGAGUGCGCGGUUGUCCGGGCGGCCAUUGCGGGUACAUUGUCCGAAACCGCGAAUGCAAUUGAGUGCAGCUUGCCACACUAGUGAAAUCCACGAAAAUCAAAGGUCAUCCCCAAAAGAAGGUGCUCCGUGUGAAGCCCGGGACGCGCACAAAACCCCGGCCCGAUGGCUGAAUCAGACAAACUUAAUAUUGACAACAUCAUAGCUCGGCUCUUGGAAGUGCGGGGAGCCAGGCCAGGGAAAAAUGUACAAUUAACAGAAGGAGAAAUAAAAGGACUUUGCCUGAAGUCACGUGAAAUUUUUUUAUCACAACCUAUUUUGUUAGAACUUGAAGCACCGCUUAAAAUAUGUGGUGAUAUUCAUGGGCAAUAUUAUGAUCUACUACGACUAUUCGAAUAUGGUGGAUUUCCACCAGAGAGUAACUAUCUGUUUCUAGGAGACUAUGUUGAUAGAGGAAAACAGUCUUUAGAGACAAUUUGUCUCCUCCUUGCCUAUAAAAUCAAAUAUCCUGAGAACUUCUUUUUACUUCGUGGAAAUCAUGAAUGUGCAUCCAUUAAUAGGAUAUAUGGAUUUUAUGAUGAAUGUAAACGACGUUACAAUAUUAAACUAUGGAAAACAUUUACGGAUUGUUUCAACUGCUUACCUGUUGCGGCAAUAGUUGACGAAAAAAUAUUUUGUUGCCAUGGUGGCCUUAGUCCAGAUCUACAAAACAUGGAACAGAUCAGACGUAUUAUGCGACCAACAGAUGUACCUGAUCAAGGCUUAUUGUGUGAUCUAUUAUGGUCUGAUCCAGACAAAGAUACAAUGGGUUGGGGAGAAAAUGAUCGUGGGGUAUCAUUUACAUUUGGAGCUGAAGUAGUUGCCAAAUUUUUACAUAAGCAUGACUUUGACCUUAUUUGUCGUGCUCAUCAGGUGGUAGAAGAUGGCUAUGAAUUUUUUGCAAAGAGACAGUUAGUUACCCUGUUCUCAGCACCAAACUACUGUGGCGAAUUCGAUAAUGCUGGAGCUAUGAUGUCCGUUGAUGAAACUCUCAUGUGUAGUUUCCAAAUUCUAAAACCAGCUGACAAAAAGAAAUUAACGUACGGUGGCCUGAAUGCAAAUAGACCAGUGACUCCCCCACGAGGCGGUGGAAACAACAAAAGCAAGAAGAAGUGAAAUCCUUAGAUUUGUUUCUCAUCCUUUUUUUUGAACGUAACGUUUAGAACUUCAAAAUAACUCCCUUAAAACCCUCAGUCUUUUAAGACAUUAAGUUCUUGUAAGAGAAAAGAUGUUAUUGUUAUUAUUUCCUAGUAUCGCUACUAUUAUUAUCAACGCUAUUACCAUAUUAUUUUCGAAUUUAUCAUGAAUUCCGCUCACACAUUAAUGAUCACACUUUAAGUAAAAGAAAAUCCUGGAGGGGCGUAGUUUGUUAAGCGAAAGAUAAACAAAGAAGUUCUUCAUUAAAAUAGAACAGUUCAAAGAGGGGAAAAAUGCUAUUAAAUGGGUGUCUAUAAAAAAUUAACAGUAAGUUCAGUUAUUGAAGAUUAGAUUAGAAAUUCUAUUAGAAGUAUUGUUACAAAAUACAAGAAAAUUUCAUGACGAAUUCAUUCUUAAUUCUUUGCUUAACAUUUUCUUCGGUGUUUUUAUAGAAUAAACAUUUAGAAAUUGCAAUAUCACUGAUCAGAAUAUCAUGGCAUGGUACAAUUGAUGUAAUAUUAGACACAAUUUUAUUGUGCUAUUUCUUCGCUUUGAUGGCAUGCAUAACUACCUUAUGUUAAUGAUAAUAUAUGAAUACUAUCGAAUACAUAGUGGUUCUUAAUGACAUAAGUUCCAAGUGUGAUACAUAAUUUUGGCUUUGUUAUAUUUCUGUAAAUUGCACAAAAUUUGUAAGUAACAUACAGAUACGACUUUCAUAAAGAGACCGUUUUUGUAGAAUGUGCUUUUGUAAUUAAAUUUUUAUAAAUCGCAAAAAAACAGAAUGUUUUAGCUGUUCAGUAAAAAUCGAUUUCAAUGAAUAUUUUUAAAAGAAAAAAGACUUAUAUAUAUAUAUAUAUACACAUAUAUAUAUUCCUUAUUUAUACCUGUAUCCCAAAAUAAAUUUAUGAUAUACAAAGUAUCGUGUAUCCGUGAAGUUUCACUGGAUUCUUCAUGACAUGCAUUGCAUUACUAAUUUUCGGGAGGAAAUGGUAAUGAUAGAACUACUAUAAAAGCAGGCUGUAAAUGUGUAUAAUGCAAGUAGUGAAGUUAUGCAUAUAUAUACAUACAAUUUAAAAAACAAGGAAUGUAAGAAGAAACCCCGAUUUGUAAGGAUUCAUCAUAUAAACAUUAACGGUCCCUUUUGUCGGGAAUAAUUUAACUAAUCUCAUGUGACCACAUUUAUAUUUUAUUAUCGAUCUUGUUCAGUCCCUUGACAUACACUUCAUGUAUCAUGUAGGUCGUAAAACUAUUUUUCAGUGAUAUCACCACUACGAAUCGUAUGUAAGAAGAAAUCAUAAGGUACUGUUCUGUAAAAAUUAGCGCAACAAACACCUGUCAUCCGCCUCCCUUGUACUUGUACAUUAAUUUCUAUCUUCUAAAUAAAACUCACAAAAAAGCAUUCAUUUA